AUGUCCAAAAGAUGUAAAAAGCGCCAUAAGGGGAUGGGCCACAACCGUUCCCUCAAGAGGGGCGUUCGUGACCUGAAACACCGAUCUAAGGAUAUCGAUCAGAUCUACGAUUCACUUUUCAAGCUCAAGAAGUCGGAAUCCUCUCACAGCGACUCAAAUUUUGACACUGACGACACAAGGAGUUUGUACUGCCAGUUCUGCGACCGCUACUUCAUGGACGAGAACUCGCUGCUCGCCCACUCGAGCGAGAAAACUCACAAGCGGCGAGUCAAGGAGCUAAAGAACUACGUGCCCUAUGACGGCCAGUAG